GAUCAUUAUGUAGGAUAGCUGUUAUGUAGUCGGACCAUUUUAAAACAUAUUUGCAUUAGUAUUUCACUGAGAAUGGCUUCUUUAAAAUCAGCACUUGUUUAUUCCAACAGGGUCUUAACGACCCUGAAGAACCAGACACAUGUUAUUUAUAUCAAGAGGACUCUCCUCCUGCCCAGACUGCCUCUCUUCAAACGUGCAGAAGGCAGGCUGAUCACCUUCGGGCGCCAGUCGUCCUCCACAGCAGCCGAGGCUCAGAGAGGAGAAGACUCCUUCCUCAAAUGGCUCCUGCUGCUCAUCCCUGCCACCACCUUCGGCCUUGGUACAUGGCAGGUGAAACGGCGUCAGUGGAAGAUGCAGCUGAUCUCUGAGCUGAACCGACUCACGACUGCUGAGCCCAUCCCUCUGCCUCUGGAACCUCAUGAGCUGCAGAGCCUGGAGUACAGACGGGUGAGAGUGCGAGGACAGUUCGACCACUCCCAGGAGCUGUACGUCCUCCCCCGCUCCCCUGUGGACCCCGAGAAGGAGGCCCGGGAGGCGGGCACGCUGUCCUCCAGUGGAGAGACCGGCGCUAAUGUGGUCACCCCCUUCUACUGCACCGACCUCGGCAUCACCAUCCUGGUGAACAGAGGCUACGUGCCGAAGAGGAAGAUCAGACCAGAGAGCAGGAUGAAGGGCCAGGUGGAGGGGGAGGUGGAGGUGGUCGGGGUCGUGAGGCUGACGGAGAUUCGUAAACCCUUCGUACCGAACAACGACGUGCAGAGGAACCAAUGGCACUACCGCGACCUGGAGGCCAUGGGCGGGGUCACCGGGGCCGAGCCCGUCUUCAUCGAUGCAUCCUUCGAGAGCACUAUACCUGGUGGACCAAUAGGAGGACAGACCAGAAUUACACUGAGGAACGAACACAUGCAGUACAUAGUAACAUGGUACGGCUUGGGUGCAGCGACCUCCUACAUGUGGUUUGCAAAGUUCAUCAAGAAGAUGAAACUGUGAUUAAAUGCAGUGAUUGCAAAGCAAAUUUAUGAUGAACUUGAUGUGUGCUGUAUCAGCUGAAGCCUGGAUUUGUAAAUAGUUGUGUAUUAUUCUCCUGAAACGAGUAUAAGAGAAUACAUUAAAAUCUAAGUGAUCUCUUGCA